AAAUAGGUGACCUAGAAUGGGAUAACGUGUAAACAGUCCACAUGUGGGUAACCUCAGGACGCGGAGCGGCACUGAAAGAAUGAACUUGUCAACGUUUGCCACAAGUAUGGGCUUUGAGCCUCACUCAGUCACUGGAAUGAUUAAAUGUACCUGGUUUACAGAACAUAUGGUCAAAGUGGACACUGGAGAAUUUGGUGAUGAAACCAGAAGGGCGGGAACCUCUAUAUACCUUCUGUUGAGUGGAGAGGAAAAGAUGACAUGGCAUAAAUUAAAGUCGGAUGAAGUUCUUUUCUUUCACCAUGGUGUUCCUUUAAAGAUCCACCUUAUACUCCCAGAUGGCAAAUACCAAAGUAAGUUGCUAGGCAACACCUUGACGAAUGAAGAAGCAGAUUUCCAAGUUGUUAUUCCACAUGGUUCUUGGUUUGCUUAUGAACUGACUGACAAACUGCAAUAUGCCUUCUAUAGUGAAGUAGUGGCACCAGGUUUCGAGUUCAAAGAUUGGUCAGCACCACCAGAGGGAGGACUGGUGCCAUUGUUCCCCCAGCAUAAAGACAUUAUUGAGGCUUUAGCCACUACUAACAGGGCUUCUUCAGAUUUUAUGAACAGUGUUCUUGUCCGACCAGAAAAGUUUGAUACAGAGAUGAUGGAACUGAUCGCAUCAAAGUUACAACUGGCUCCGCACCCUGUGUGUCGAGGUGGAUUCUUUAGUGAAGUGUGGAGAACAGAGCACUCUGUGACAGUCACAAAUGGAAGUCAUGAAGGCAAGCGUCAAGCAGGCUCUUCUAUUUAUAUGGUUUUAAAGGCGGGCAAUAAUGGCCUGGCAUGGCAUAUCCACAAGUCUGAUGAACUGCUCAUUUAUCAUGGAGGAGGUGCUAUAAAGUUUCACUUCCUUGAUGAAGAUGGAAAUUAUUCCAACAAGAUUUUGGGCGACACUCUGUCCCACAGUGAGGCAAACUACCAGGUGCUGGUCCACCAUGGGACAUGGUACGCCUUUGAACUGAUGGACACAUCGGAAGCUGUAUUCUUUGGGGCAGUUCUAGCUCCAGCUUUUGUCAUGGGCGACUGGAGCACUAGUGAGGAGAAAGGUGUGGACUUACUACAAAAAUAUCCCCAGCAUGGAGACAUUGUCAGGAAAAUGGCCACAGCGAACUGGAUGAAAAAUUAAUGCUGCAUUGAGAUUUGAGGGUUAACAUUCAGCAUACAAGCUUAUAAAAAAAACUGUAAUAAAUAAAAUUGUCAUUAUGACAUUAAAAUCAUUUUUUUCUACUUUUAAAAAUUUA